CGAGGACAACACAACAACAACAACACCGUCGUCAUGCCUCAAGAAGCGUCCAAGAUAUCUGACCCCGACACGACCGCCGCCGCAGCCGAGGAGGUCAUCGCCGAAACCAGCAAACAAAACGAGGCUCACGUGUCCGAGGAUGAGAGCGGUGACGAAGCUACAGAAACCGUAGGAGGAGAGGGAGCUGCAGAGAAGAAGAAGAAAAGCAGGAAGCGCAAAAUUAAGGAUGCAAUUACUGGCAAAGGAAAGGCGCCCGAGACUACGGACCUGAAUGCGCCAGCCGCUGGACAGCUGGGCAAGGACCAGAUGAGCAUGUUGCUGGACGCCAACCCUGCGUUGAAGAACCAGCUCAUGUCCAAGGCGAACAAUAGGGCAGAGCUGGAACAAAUGAUCAAGAAGCUCAACAUCAACGAGAUGCUGACUGGUCUGGCACCGCAGGGCGCUACAAAAGACAUGGCUGAUCACGCCUUCUGGAAGACACAGCCCGUACCCAGCUUCGAUGAGAUGUCUGCGAAGGAGCGGAUACCGGAUGGCCCCAUCAAGGAAAUCGAUAUCGAGAAGGUGGACAGAAAUCCAAGCCCAAUGUACCCGGGCUUCGAGUGGGUCACAAUGGAUCUCGAAGACACCAAGCAGCUCGACGAGGUGUACGAUCUGCUCACAAACCACUACGUUGAGGACAAGGACGCAACCUUCCGCUUCAAGUACUCGCCAUCGUUCUUGAACUGGGCCCUCAAGGCACCUGGCUGGAAGAAGGAAUGGCACGUAGGUGUCCGCGCAACAGCUUCUGGCAAGCUUGUCGCAUUCAUCUCGGGUAUCCCCAUUCAGCUGCGGAUACGCGAGAAGGUGCUCAAGUGCUCAGAGGUUAACUUCCUCUGCGUCCACAAGAAGCUCCGUUCGAAGCGACUGGCGCCUGUCUUGAUCAAGGAGAUCACCCGUCGUUGUUACGUCGAGGGUACUUUCCAGGCUGUAUACACCGUCGGAUCUCUUCUUCCCACACCGGUCUCGACGUGCCGCUACUUCCACCGUGCCCUUGAUUGGGAGAAGUUGUACGAUGUCGGCUUCUCACCUCUACCGCACGGCAGCACAAAACUGCGUCAGAUCAAUCGAUACAAACUGCCAGAUACCACAUCGACACCGGGUCUGCGGAAGAUGGAGUCCAAGGACGUACCUGCCGCACUUGACCUACUGAAGCGUUACCUCGAACGUAUGGACAUGGCCCAGGUUUUCGACCAGACUGAGUUUGAGCACUGGAUCUGCCCCAAGGAGGAACCGAAGGAGCAAGUUGUAUGGAGCUAUGUCGUUGAAGACCCCGACACACACAAGAUCACAGACUACUUCUCAUUUUACAACUUGGAGAGUACUGUCAUCGGAAACAAGAAGCACAACACCAUCAAAGCUGCAUACCUCUUCUACUAUGCAUCUGAAGUUGCAUUCGAAAAGGAUGAGGGCAAGCUGAAGACAAGGCUCAACUCACUGAUGAAGGACGCUUUGAUCCUUGCGAAGAAGGCUGACUUCGAUGUCUUCAACGCCCUCACUCUCCUCGACAAUCCGCUGUUCCUCGAGGACCAGCGCUUUGGCGCAGGCGACGGCUCUCUUCACUACUACCUGUACAAUUACCGUGCAGCACCUAUCACAGGUGGCAUCGACAGCAGGAAUCAGGCAAGCGUUAAGCACACGGGAGGUAUUGGCUUGACUAUGUUGUAGUCUUCUCCUCGGAAGGCGGCAACACUGAACGAAAAUGACAAUGAGGCGAGCACAUGCAAUCAGCUGGUUAUAAAGUGACGAUAGGUUGCUGACGCUGUUGCUCCAGCAUAGGUCCAAUCAGCUGAGUUGAUAUGCAGCGCUCAACCAACAAGCACAAUAAAAGCAAG